AUGAGGGGGACCAACUUUAAUUGUCAAGCAUCUGCAAUUGAAAGGGCCGGUACAACUGCUCGUGAAUUGGGUGCUCACGCAACCCAAGUCCUGUUGGAUAUCCCCCAUCCUUGUAGCGCAGUCGAUAGGUAUUGGAUACCCUCAUCCCCGGAACGAAGUCGAUAUUU